AUGUCGGCAUCACCGGAUGCCGCUGCUGGUGCAGCCGGCAACGAGGCCAUCGGGCCGCCCCCAUUAGAUUUCGACUUCUCCGCGACGCCCGGCUACAAGGGAUAUCUUCAGCGGAAUCUCAAUAUCGCCCUGAUUUCCUUUUCGACAUUCUUCAUCAUCCUGCGGCUAGGCACGCGUGCCUUCAUCGUGAAGGGUUUGGGUCUGGAUGACUUGGUUGGAUUCAUCGCCUACGCCGCUUUGGUGUCCUUCUCUUCUAUGGAAAUUCGAGCUGUCGGGUUCGGUUCGGGCACCCAUAUGGACUUCGUGCCGCCAUAUUUCAUUCCCAAGUUCUUCUCAGCGCUUACAACUCAGCAUUUGAUGUACUUUUGGGUUGUUGGCCUCACGCGCAUGGCCAUCGUCGCCUUCCUCCUCCGAAUGAGCAAUGACAAACUUUACAAGCGGCUAGUCUACGGCGUAGGUGUCGUCAUCAUUCUCAAGACCAUCGCGUGCUUCCUGUUCCGGCUGCUCGAGUGCAAGGACAUCAAGGUUCUCUGGCUACCUCCCGGCAGUGGCGACUGUAUCUCCAAAGAUGCGGAGGCUAUCAUGAUGUGGACACACGCCUCUAUCGGUAUCGCAGUCGAUUUUGCCUUGCUUGCUCUUCCAAUUUGGGUGGUCCAUUCGAAGAUGAUCUGGUCCGCCAAGACCAUCCGAGUCAUUCUCAUCUUCUGCAUUGGUCUCUUCGCCGUCAUCACUGGAAUUGUGCGACUGUCCAUCAUGGUUAACACCAACUUUGCGAUUGAUUCGACCUACAAAAUGUCGACGAUUGCAUUCUGGACCGAUAUCGAAGGCCACGUCGGUCUCUGGGUCGCCUGCUUCCCCGCCCUCCAACCCCUCGUCCGAAUCCUCUCCUACCGCCUCGGUCUCAGGAGCCGUCUCGACAGCAAUUACCGCAGCGGCGGUCGCAGCGGUGGUCGCGGAACUGGGAAGAACGGCUCUCGGCCCUUCAACUCGUCCAAGAACGGAUACCUUCGCAGUGGCAACGGCGACAACUUCGACGGCAGCUCGAGCAAGAGCACCGGCGCCAUCGUCUCGUCACGGAAUAUUGAGCUCAGCGAUAUCGAGGCGAGUAAGAGCAGUUCGCCCGAGCGCGGUAUCCGUCGGGAUAUCGAGUUUACGAUACACACGAGCACCGCGAACCUAGCCGAGACCAAAGACGAUGAGGAUGCAGACCUGGGACAGAAAAAGAAGACGAGGCCGUGGAUGUAA